AUGGGUUUCUGUGAAAAAUGGAUAAAGUGGAUCAUGAAAUGCAUUAGUACAGUAUCCUUCUCAUUUAACAUUAAUGGGGAAUGCAAGGAAUACAUUGAAACAGAAAGGGGGAUUAGACUGGGUGACACACUGUCAUCGUACUUAUUUCUCAUUUGCUCAGAAGGCUUCUCCAAUCUGUUAAGAAGAGCAACACAAGCAGGAAGGAUGAAUGGUAUCAAGAUCAGCAGACAAGGCCCCUCAGUAACCCAUCUCUUUUUUGCUGAUGACUCCCUGAUCUUCUGCAGAGCUAACUCCCAAGAAGCAAAGGAGCUAAGAAGGAUACUUGAACUGUAUGAACAAGAAUCUGGUCAAGUGGUUAACUUAGAUAAGUCAAGUGUGUUUUUUAGCAAAAAUGUGACUGAGGCAACUAAAGAAGGAGUUUGCGCAGAGCUAGGAAGCAUACAACCAGUUUCACAAGGGAAGUACCUAGGAUUGCCAAUGGUGAUAACAAGGACUAAAAAACAGCUGUUUGGUUACAUUAAGGAUAACAUCAAAAGGAGGAUGCAAAGCUGGAAAAACAAGCUGUUAAGCUCUGCUGGAAAAGAAAUCCUGAUCAAAGCAAUUUCUAUGACAAUGCCUACUUACACAAUGUUUUGUUUCAAAUUACCUUGCAGGUUGUGCAAAGAGAUAAGCUCCAUGCUAUCUAACUUUUGGUGGGGAGAAAAGGACAACAAGAACAAAGUUCAUUGGAUAGCCUGGAAGCAAAUGACAAAGGAGAAGAAAAGAGGAGGCAUGGGAUUCCAGGAGAUUCAAAGCUUUAAUAGAGCUUUGCUGGCCAAAUAG